ACAUCCAAAUUAUCGAGGGAGGUGUAGGUCGUAUAUAGGAGAUCUAUCCAGUAAACAAAACCCUUAAGAGCAAUAUAUAUAUAGGAGCAUGAAGCAGACAAGAUCAUUUAACCUACAGAGGUCUGCUUCAAAGGAUUUCCCCACCGCUCCUCAAACCACAUCAUUUGUUGGCCCAAAAAAGUACUCUCCUCCUCUCAUCCAGUUUCCCACGUCCCCUCAACUUAUCUUGGGGGAAGAGAUGAUUCAUUUCAGUCACCCACAACAUCCUCUGUCGCAACUAAACCUGCCCGACCACUUUAACUGCAUGGGCUGCAAGGAAUUUGGUGCAGGCUUGAGGUUCAGCUGCCAACAAUGCGAUUUUCAGCUACAUCAGUUUUGUGCCCUCGCUCCUCCUGCUUUUAAGGGCCACCCUUUCCACUCCCAACACCAACUCGUUUUCUAUUCUAAACCAGUAAAAGGUGGAGGUUCAAAAUCCAAGUGUGAUGUUUGUGGCAAUACCACCAAAGGGUAUGCUUUCCGAUGCAGUGCAUGUGGUUUCCAGAUGCACCCUUGCUGCGCUAUGCUAUCCACAGAAGUUAACUUCCCGUGCCACCCACAUACCCUUCGACUUUUACCUGCUUCAAAUACGACAUCAAACGGCGACCCUGGUGUUUUUGUGUGUGGUGAGUGCAAGAUAAGGAGGAGGUCAGGGCGAGUAUACCAUUGCUGUGUUUGUGAAUACCGUCUCCAUGCGGUUUGUGCCAAGGAUAUGGUUAAUGGGCUCUAUGCCAAUGGCAUCAAGGGCCUCGAAAAGCCAAGCACGCAAGGGGGUUCACGUUGGCAUUUUGCAUCUGAAGUUGUCGUCAAAAUCCUUGGAGGACUACUUGAGGGUCUUGCAGAAGGUUUUGGGGAAGGCUUGGUUCAAAAUGUUGGCAAAGGAAAGGGCACCACAUCUAGAAGAAUCCAGUAAAUUACGUAUAUUAGGGUUGUUCUUGGAAUUGGCUUUUAUAUAUAUGUGUAAUUAAUUAAGUUGUGUAAUUAAGUUGCUGAUAUCUGAGAUGGAUCCAGUGAUCCGUGUGUGGUGUUUCUCUGAUUGUUUGAUAUUUGUAUAGCUGUGUAUAGCUGAUGGGGUGUCUUUUACAUAUUUGAUAUGGCCGUUCUAGGUAGGGUGUGAAGUUAAGCUAAAAUGUUUGAUUGGCAAAUAUAUUUAAGAAAAAUAUUUCAAUAAAUAGUAGACGGUUGUAGACU